GUUUUUUUCUCUUUCGUUCUCUUUGUUCGUGUUGCCCGAUUGCCAGUCAUGAACUCGUUUCUUCUUAUACUUCUGUUCCAAACUCGUUCACGGCUAGCUUGGCAGAUUGCCGAAGGGGAACGAAUGAUUUUACAAAAGGAUCACAGUAUUAAUUAGAAAAAGACGCUGUUGUCCGCUCAAAAAGUAUGAUCGUCCAUUCAUGAACGAUCGCGGUAGCGGUUUUUCGAAGUUUCAUCAAAUUUCUUGUUCUUGAACGGUUAGUUACGUAACAUCGUUUCCUUGACAAGAAGGAAGUGAGGAAGUAAUUUAACAACAAGUCAAAAAGUUUAUCCGUUCCUUUUUAAACGAAUAAACAGAUGUCUCACGAUCAUAUGGCCCAUAUGAUGAACGUAUCGAGUGGGCAUCCAAGCCACGUUAAUCACGCGUCUCAUGAAUCUAUGGAUCAUUCAAAUAUGGAUAAAAGUAUGAUGCACAGUUCUAUGGAUCAUACUAAUAUGGAUCACGGGAGUAUGAACCAUGAAAGUCACCUUACCGCUGCCACGGAAGCAUGUGGCAAUAUGGGGAUGCACGGUAUGUCGAUGGUCUUCCAUGGAGGAUACUGUGAAAACGUAUUAUUCGAAUCGUGGAAAAUCUCGUCGAUCAGUGGUCUCAUAGGAUCGAUGAUCGGUAUCAUGAUCAUGGCCGCACUUUACGAGGGAUUAAAGUAUUACAGGGAAUAUUUAUUCUGGAAAAUGUAUAAUUCCCUUCAAUACAGAAGCGUCACGAUGCCACAAGAGAAAAAUGUCGUAGCCGAGGAUAACAGAGUCGUACAUAUGGUUGGAGAAGUAAUUCACAAACAACCGCCCACAAUGUUAUCAUGGAUGCAUACGUUCCAAACGUUAUUACACAUUGUGCAAAUUGUGCUGUCGUAUUUCCUUAUGCUGAUCUUCAUGACUUACAAUGUCUGGUUGUGUUUUGCUGUAGUAUUUGGUGCAGCAAUUGGUUAUUUUUUGUUUGGGUGGAAAAAAUCUGUUAUUGUGGAUGUUACAGAACAUUGUCAUUAGUUGUUUAUGUAUUUAAAAUACAUUGUGUUUUUACAACAAAAAUGUACAUCACUGUACAUUGCCGAAAAGUUCAUUCUGACUGGAAGAACUUUGAAAUAAUUACAUGUAGUAUAUGUGUGCAGGAAAUAUAAUUAUUCUAAAUUCGUAUUUACACAAAUAUAUAAAGAAAAUGUUCUCAGUUUAAAUUUAUUCCUAUGCAUAUAGAAUGCAAUUUUCAAUUGUUCGUUGAGAAAAAUAGCGCAUGACUUAAUUAUUAUUGAAUAAAAAAUAUCUAUAAAAUGCAAAUUUGUAUACAAAAAUACUGGAAGGUUAAAUCUUUGAUUUGGAUAGCCAUAGCGCACCUAAUUUGUAAAUAUUGUUAAAAGGUUUAAAUGAGGAAAGUAUCGUAAGAUGGACGCACACUUUUCUCCAAACUUUUAUACGGCCACUUUCAAUUUUUUAUUGUAAUGUAUUUUAUAAAUUAAUCUUAACGUUUGGAAAAAAGUGUGCAGUGAUAUCUUGAACAUUGCAUACAUGAUGUAUUGUUAUAAUAUAACGUUAUCAACGAUUGUAUUAUUACCAAGUAGUCCAUAAACUACUGUUAUUUGUAAAAUAUAACAUAAUAUCACAUGAAAUACAAGAAAAACAUUUUGCCAAUA